AACUUUCUUCCUGAAGCGAAUUAAGGCAACAAGGCAUUGGUAUCUUUCCGCGAGAAGUGAAAGCGAAGCAAUGGAGAGUGGUUAUGGCGAAAUCCCUGAAAACGCCAAUGAACAUUGCCCAGGCCCUCAGUCAGAGUCUGCAGGAAAAUCGGAUGCGUGCCAAGGAUGCCCGAAUCAACAAAUCUGUGCCACUGUGCCAAAAGGGCCCGACCCAGACUUGGUUGCAAUUGCUGAGAGGAUGGCUACUGUAAAGCACAAGAUACUGGUUUUAUCUGGGAAGGGUGGAGUUGGCAAGAGUACAUUGUCAGCCCAACUCUCUUUCGCUUUAGCCAGUAUGGAUUACCAGGUUGGCCUCCUUGACAUUGACAUAUGUGGUCCAAGUAUCCCAAAGAUGCUUGGUCUAGAAGGCCAGGACAUCCACCAGAGUAACCUUGGCUGGUCACCUGUUUAUGUGGAGUCCAACCUUGGGGUCAUGUCCAUUGGAUUCAUGCUUCCUCACCCAGAUGAGGCUGUCAUUUGGAGGGGCCCCCGUAAGAAUGGGAUCAUCAAGCAAUUCUUGAAGGAUGUCUACUGGGGGGAACUCGAUUACUUAGUGGUGGAUGCUCCCCCAGGUACCUCUGAUGAGCACAUCUCAAUCGUCCAAUUCCUUCAAGCAACUGGCAUUGAUGGUGCGAUCAUUGUAACCACUCCACAGCAGGUGUCUCUGAUUGAUGUUAGGAAAGAAGUGAAUUUUUGCAAGAAAGUUGGGAUUCAGGUUCUGGGAGUUGUUGAGAACAUGAGUGGGUUGCAGCAGCCAUUGGCAGAUUUGAAGUUCACUAGAUUAACAGAUAAAGGAGAGGAAAGAGAUGUUACAGAGUGGGCACUGGGGUAUCUGAGGACAAAGGCACCAGAAGUGUUAGAUUUGUUUGUUCAUAGUGAAGUGUUUGAUAGUAGUGGUGGUGGUGCGGCAAAGAUGUGUGUGGAAAUGGGGGUUCCAUUCCUUGGCAAGGUGCCCAUGGACCCCCAGUUGGGCAAGGCAGCAGAGGAAGGACGAUCAUGCUUUACCGAUCAGAAAUGUAGUGCCAGUGCGCCUGCUCUCAAGAGAAUUAUAGAGAAGCUUGUGGUAGAACGGAAGGUGUUAGGAGAGUCCAUGGAUGAAGGUGCAUAACCUGUCGGCUUUAUUUAUUUCUUUACUUAUAUUGAACAGAUUUUGUUUUGCCUGUUGUAAAGAAUAUUGAAUUUCAGAGAGUAGACAUAUAUUUAUAUUAUAAUAGUAGUCCAAUUCUCUCUUUUUUCUCUC